CCUCAAUUUUCUUCCAAAACCUAACGCCUCCUCUAUUAUUGCAUUAUUUAUUAUUCUUUUCUCUGUCAUAGAUUUUACACGCGUAUUUGUACAAAAAUAUUGCUCUGCGUUUUCUCAUUGAUUUCAUGCAAAGAAGAUAGAACCAUGGGUUUUGAUCUUAAAUCUUGUUGGGUGUUGGUGGUGGUGCUGAUAUCGGGCUGGGUUUCGCAGAUUUGUUAUGGGUUGGGUACCUUCGGAUUUGAUAUGCAUCACAGGUUCUCCGAUCCGGUCAAGGGGAUUUUGGACGUCGAUGACUUGCCCGAGAAGCUUAGUCUUCAGUAUUACAAAGCUAUGGCUCACCGCGAUUGGGUGAUUCAUGGUCGUCGACUCUCUACCAGUGAUGAAGUUAAGCCGCCCCUCACUUUCUCCGAUGGAAAUGAAACCUACCGUCUCAGUUCUUUGGGCUAUUUGCACUAUGCUAAUGUUUCUCUGGGGACACCAAGUUUAUGGUUUCUAGUAGCACUCGAUACAGGCAGCGAUUUGUUCUGGUUGCCGUGCGAUUGUACCAGUUGCGUAAAAGGCUUGAAUACAACAUCUGGAAAAGUGAUAGACUUUAACAUUUACAGUCCUAAUGCAUCAUCAACAAGCAUAGAUGUUCCCUGCAACAGCACUUUAUGCCAACACAAAAACCAAUGCUCUGCGACAGAUGACACUUGUCCUUACCAAAUUUCGUAUCUUUCCAAUGGUACUUCAUCUACUGGGUUCUUGGUAGAGGAUAUGCUGCAUUUAGUUACUGAUGAUGAUGAGUCAAAAGGUUCUGAUGCACAGAUUACAUUUGGUUGUGGUAAGGUCCAGACUGGCUCCUUUUUGGAGGGUGCAGCCCCCAAUGGCCUAUUUGGGCUUGGUAUGGGCAGUAUAUCCGUUCCUAGCAUUUUAGCAAAGGAAGGGCUUGUGGCAGAUUCUUUUUCCAUGUGCUUUGGAAAUGAUGGAACUGGGAGAAUCAGUUUUGGAGAUAAAGGCAGCUCAGACCAAGAAGAGACACCGUUUAAUCCUAGUAAAUCACAACUACUUUAUAAUAUCAGCGUCACUCAAAUAAGUGUGGGGGGAACUUCUGCUGAUCUUAAUUUUGAUGCCAUUUUUGAUUCGGGUACCUCAUUCACAUAUUUAAAUGACCCAGCUUAUACAUCUAUCUCUGAAAGUUUCAAUCUCAGGGCCAAAGAUAAGCGGCAUUCAUCAAAUUCUGACCUUCCUUUUGAAUAUUGUUAUGACAUAAGCGAACAGCAAACUACUGUGGAGUAUCCAAUCGUAAAUCUAACAAUGAAGGGUGGAGACAACUUCUUUGUUACUGAUCCAAUAGUUAUAGUUUCUAUUCAGGGUGGAUAUGUAUACUGUCUGGGUGUUGUCAAAAGUGGAGAUAUCAAUAUAAUAGGACAAAACUUCAUGACUGGUUACCGCAUAAUUUUUGAUCGAGAGAAGAUGGUUCUGGGUUGGACAAAAUCUAACUGUUAUGACACAGAAGAAUCGAAUACUCUACCUAUCAAUCCAGCCAACUCUCCUGUGGUUCCACCCACUGUUUCUGUAGAACCAGAAGCCACUGCUGGGAAUGGCAAUGGUUCACAUAUCUCAGAGGCCCCUUCACCUUUAGCAAAUGGUUCACCUACCUGGAACUCCUUCAUUCUAGCACUCCUGAUGGUUUUUCUUCCCAUUUUAGCCAGCAUUCUAUAAUUUUUUUUUAGGGUCAUGAUAUAUAUAUAUAUAUAUAUAUAUAUAUAUAUAUAUACCACCAUAUUUACUGAUAGAAAUUUGUUGGAUAUACAACAAAAUUGGAGGCAUCUACAGGCUUCCUAUUCUUUGGUUUGGAACCUUAAAAGAGUUGUAUGGUUUUGACUGUGGGCAUAUAUAGAAAAUAGAACUACUACUGCAUUAUCUUGCUUAUUAAUAAAAGUUCAGUUCUUGGGAGUCUUAUGUUUA